GGUCCUUACAGACGGUGACUUGAGCUUCUGAGAGCAGAUACCUCCAGAACCAUGACUCAGCUGGAAAUUGCCUUUGAAACUGUCAUCAAUGUGUUCCACCAAUAUUCGGUCCUCAAACCUCACCCGGAUAAGCUGAGCAAAGGAGAAACCAAGCAGCUGAUGGAGAAGGAGCUUCCAGAGUUUCUGAAGAAACAGGUGAACCCAAAAGGUAUUGAAGAACUCUUCAAGGACUUGGACACAAAUAAAGACCAGGACAUCACAUUCAAAGAAUUCAUGGGCAUGGCCACCCAGGUCCUCAUUGCAACCCAUACAAACCUUCAUAACGAGUGAUGGGGCCGUGGCAGAGCUGCUUGUCUAGAAGCGAGAAGGGAACCCGGCAAGAAAAAUGGAAAAGGAGAUGGAGAAUUAAAAAAGCAUGAAAGGGAUAUGUUGACUUGAAGGUCAUGCCUGGGGCAGAAAUCGGCUGCAGUAAAAAUGUGGUCAGAUGAGUCGAUAUUUCUG